AUGACUCGCUUCUUCUCGUACCUUUCUGUUACUGGACUUGCUGUGCUUGCUGUGACCAUCCCAACAACUGCUGACGUUGUCAGGGAUGCCGCGGACGCAAUUAUCAAUGCUGCUGAAGAUGCAGCUACCGCUGCUGGUAGCUGGAUCAACAAUGCUGCUAGUACUAUUGACGAGUUCCACAAGGACGUUUUUGAAACUACGAAAGACGCCUAUGCGGCAGCAGUUGCGGCUGCAGAAGAAGCAUGUAACACGUACAACAAGGAGAAUAACAGUACCCUUGAAUGCUCCGAGCCUACGGCAAGUGCAGCAGCAGAAGCAGCUGCCAAUGCUGCGAUGAAAGCCUGUGACAAGUACAAUGAAGCAACCGAAAGCUCUCUCAACUGUACCGAGGAGGCUGCAACUGCAGCCCGGGAUGCUUGCUACAAUUACAACAACGUUACCUCCACCUCCUACGACUGCUCGGGCAUCAAUGCAGCUUCAAUUGCAGCAGGUAACACAACUGCGGGUAUUAUCCUUCCAACCAGCUCCGGCAGCGAUGAUGAUUCCCCGGCCUCCUCGUCGGCCCAAAUGUACGCUUCACCCAGUUUUACGGCUACUUGUCUUUGCGUGGUGACUCUCAUUGGUCUGCUCACCACCUUGUAA